UGGCGGCCCGUCCCGGCCCCUGCCGCUCCCGUCCCGCUCCAGCGGCGCUGCUGCCCGGGAGCGCCGGCCGCCAUAUUGUCACCCCCAGCGGGCCGGGGUCCGGCAGCCCCCCGCCUCCGAGACCCGCCGCCCCCCGGCGGGCCCCCCCCCGCGGCCCGGCCAGGGACAAGGCAAUGCUGUAAACUCCUGGCUCCGGGAGGCCCCUCAGCCCAUCACUUUUCUCUGUGCUGAUGGAUGGAAACCACUGAUAGCUGCAACGUGGAAGCACUUUUCCUUCCCUCUUGAGCUGCUUGCUGCAGUGAGCUCUGCCUGGCCCAGCUGGCCCCCCCACCCGUCUGGAAUGCAGCUCACGCCUUUCUCUGCCUCUCCCAGGACAGCUCAGGGCAGCAUUUGGGCUAUAGAUUAACCAAGGUUCAAGGGUGAUUGAGGUGCUGAUCCCCUGUCUGUGGAAGCAUGUCGGGCCCAGCGCCGAGUCGAGCCAGGGUCUAUGCAGAUGUGAACACUCAGAGACCCCGCGAGUACUGGGACUACGAGUCGCACGUCGUGGAAUGGGGGAACCAAGACGACUACCAGCUUGUGCGGAAACUUGGCCGCGGCAAAUACAGUGAAGUCUUUGAAGCCAUCAACAUCACCAACAACGAGAAAGUUGUGGUGAAAAUCCUUAAGCCAGUAAAAAAGAAGAAAAUCAAGCGUGAGAUUAAGAUCCUGGAGAAUCUCCGAGGAGGCCCCAAUAUUAUCAGCCUGCUAGAUAUAGUCAAAGACCCCGUGUCUCGCACGCCUGCCCUGGUCUUCGAACAUGUCAACAACACGGACUUCAAGCAAUUGUACCAGACGCUAUCUGACUUCGACAUUCGAUUCUACAUGUAUGAAAUCCUAAAGGCACUGGAUUACUGUCACAGUAUGGGGGUCAUGCAUCGAGACGUCAAGCCACACAAUGUCAUGAUAGACCAUGAGCACAGAAAGCUGCGACUGAUAGACUGGGGGCUGGCUGAGUUCUAUCAUCCUGGGCAGGAGUACAAUGUUCGCGUGGCCUCCAGGUAUUUCAAGGGACCGGAGCUCUUGGUAGACUACCAGAUGUAUGACUACAGCUUGGACAUGUGGAGUUUAGGCUGCAUGUUGGCCAGUAUGAUCUUCCGGAAGGAGCCCUUCUUCCACGGCCAUGAUAACUAUGACCAGCUUGUGCGGAUCGCGAAAGUGCUGGGAACGGAGGACCUGUACGACUACAUUGACAAGUACAACAUAGAGCUGGAUCCCCGCUUCAAUGAUAUCCUAGGCAGACAUUCCCGCAAGCGAUGGGAGCGCUUCGUGCACAGCGAGAACCAGCACCUCGUGAGCACAGAGGCGCUCGACUUCCUGGACAAGCUGCUGCGCUACGACCACCAGACGCGCCUCACUGCCCGGGAGGCCAUGGAGCACCCGUACUUCUAUCCCAUAGCGAAAGAUCCAGCCAGGAUGGGCCCCUCAGCUGGACUGUCAGCCAGUAACACACCUGUCAGCUCCUCCAGUAUGUUGGCAGGUCUUACCUCAAUGUCUGCAGCCCAGCCCAUUGGCAGCUUGGCCGCAUCGCCCGUCAUCUCCUCUCCAAACGCUCUGGGGUCGCCGGUUCCUGCUGCAGCUGGAGUGCAGCCCUGAACUCAGUUCUCAUCCCCUGGCUUCGAGCCCCGCCACAGCUGCGCUUGCCUCGUAUGCUCCUGCCCUAUUCCUCCAAGCGCUGACCCACUCUGCCAUCUGCGAGCAGCAGCUUUCCAGAAGGCAGGAACCGGGGGGCUCUCUGGAAUUUUAUUUGUAUUUCUGUUGAGUAUGAAAAAAGAGCAAAACCAUAGGUCCCCUUUUCCCCUCUGUGCGGUAACGAUCUCAAACUCUCUGGCUAUGGCCAAAGGCUGAUCUUGUUGUCUGUCAGGGUGAAGAGUUAGCUGCAUUCUUCUCAUGAGGAUCAUGGUUAGUGAUGCAACUACAAUGUAGAAAUUUAAAAUGGAUAAUAAAAUUUAUUUUCUAUGUCCCUAA